AGUCCCGACCGCGGUGGUAUUUCCGAACUCGCGCGUCGCACUCACCUUUCCCGCCUCUCAUAUUUCCUCGUUGCACCGCAACCCAAGUCUGAGUCUCAUCUCUAAACUCUCGUCACCCCUCUCCGCCUUGGAGCGGAGUAUAGUGAUUUACCAUUCACUUUUCUCAGAAUAACUUGAUGGUUUACAUAGCGCGGAUAAUCGGAGUCGAUCAAGCUGUUAGCAACUGUCCUUCACUGAGAGUCGUCUUUGUACUGAAAAAAAGAUGACGGAAGCGGAGGUUGGUAGGCAGCCAAAUUUGCGAGAUGAUCCAUUGAGUGAUUGCCGGAGUUUUGGUAGCAAUUAUCAUCCAUCAAGCCAAUCGAGAAAGAUCUCAAUUGGUGUUAUGGUAGAGUCACCAGCCAAUGGGAGAUCUAGAGGCGCAAAAGAACUAAAAUCUAAGGUAUCAAAUGCAGAAGUUCUCCUUUCUAGUUUAGAAAAUUCCACCCAAAGGAAGUGGAGGGAGAAAGACGCAAGCACCUUUGGUACUGAUAAAUCAAAAUUAUCAAAAGCUCCUCAACAAUUGAGUUCUCCAUGGAUUUCUACUCGAUCACUUAAACAAAGUGCACCUAUUCUGGAAACUAUAAGUGGAGCAGAACAAGUGGUCCAUUCUCCAACAAGUCGUGGGAGGCAGAGUAAAAGUCAUGGACUGAAGGAGCCACCGUCUAGAUAUCCUGUUUGUUUGUUUGCAAACCAAAGCUCAGUGUUCAAAUCUGGCAACAGCAAGGAGAAGAACUUUGAUGAGGUAAACUAUCAAAUGGAAGGAGGGAGGGAGGGAACCAAUGAGGGGUUGCACGAGUUUGCAUUUGCAACCAUAGCAGAAGUCCGGUCAGACAAAGUGGUCAUUGAGGAUCAAACAAAUAAAUCAGAAAAUAGAAGAACCGAAACUCUGAAAAUGAAGCUUUGGGAGAUACUUGGAACUGUUUCUUUACCUAAUGAUCAGCACUCCAAAUGUCAGAAUCAUGAGAAAGAUGCCAAUCAUUUAAUAACGGAACAAAUAUUUGUUCAAAAGCAUGAUAGUGCUGUCAGAUUUAAACAGAAUUCGGAUACGAUUGAAACUGAUUCAGAAGGUCCUGGUCAGACUUCAAAGAGGCCAAUAGUUUGUUCUAUAGCACGGAAAAGAUCUUGCACUACCGUGAAAUCAAGAAAGUCUAAGACCCCUUCAUGUGACAAAGGGAAACGUCAAGAGGGAAAUAUUUUUGUCUUUGAAGGAUGGCCUGAAGGCACACAUGCUGAUACCAACAGGGCUUCAUCAAUGUGUACAAGAAAGAAGAGUGGGGAAAGGAGUUUCAAAUUUCAGCCACGUAAAAUUUCCUUUCCUCAAAAGGACGACAUUGGAACUUUUACUAAAUCAGAUGGAAUUGAAAAAUUGGCGCCUCAAGGCAAACCUUCUUCUUUUAGAGAAGUUCUGGGUUCCCAUAGUUCUCUUGCUAACCAUGUUAUCAAUGAAAAAGAUGAACUGAAGGAUUUGAAUCAAUUUCCACAGACAGACAAGACACGGUUGCCAGAGGAUAUUUACAGCCCAGCAGAUUGUGACCAACAAGAAGACAGUCCAUUCCUGAAGAAGGAUGUGGACCCGCAGAGUCAUAUAGAAAGUCCAACAUUUAGAAUGAAAACGCCUGUCUGCAGUACGCCUAGUUCAACUCCAAAAGCAGACAAAAUGGUUUGUGAUUUUUCAAGUCCUGGCCUAGCAGAGGAUAUGUCUUUUAUGAGAAAUCUUUGUAGCUUCCGGAAGUUGCAGACUUCAGAAGAGGAUUGCGAUGGAUCAAAUGUAAAACCACACUCUUCGGAAGAUGAUGAAGAGAUUUGGCAAUCUCCACCGAGGAAAGCAGCAACUCGCUUAACAGAAGGAGCAGCAGAUUAUGGGUUAUCUGAUUCAUCAUUUGAGGAUGCCAGCUCCGAGAGCUCAGCAGAAGUUUCAAGUCCAAGAGAUACACUCUCUCCAGAAAUUGGUGCUAUUAAGAAAUUCAAGUCUAUGCUUCAUCCAGCAAAGAGGGCACGUACCCUAGCAAACCAUGAAUUCGAUUGCACUGGGCCUGGAGGAAGUACUUGGACUGAGGAAAUUUUAGUACAGAACCAAGAGGAUGGGCUUGCAAGUUUGUUGUCAGCUGCCGAGAGUAUUCAUUUGCAGUUGCAGAAUGUUGAGUCUCAAAUCCAUAUGGACAUGGUAAAGCAGUUCAGCCUUGGUAAAUCAAGACGAAAAAUUAUAGAAACAAGAUUUGAAGAACAACAGCAACAGUUGAAUCAUCUCAAUAGAAGGUUCAAGGAGGAGGUUAACCAGCAUCUCCAGGAUUGUAGGAAUUCACUACAAGAAUUGGAAGCACAACAGAUAGAGUUCAAGGGAAUUAUGGAGAAGCAAAAAGCAACAAACCGUAAUACUCUCUUGCAAGUGGAAGAGGCAGUUGACACGCAACUCACAGAUGCACAGAGGAGAAUUGAAGCUAUCCACGAGUCGGGAAGAGGGAAGAUACUGCAGCUGAAACACGUGAUAGCAAUGUGCUUGAAAUAGGAAUGUUAAACUGCACUUUGCACAGCGAGGUAUCCAGUUAGAGAGUUUGCCUAGGGCACAUAGGAUUACUAUCCCCGUGCAUCUUCUAGGUAAAAAGAACGGUAUCCUUUAUAUUGCUUGGCAGGUUGCUUUUUAUUUACGCUUUGUUUGUGCUUAACUGUCAGGUUAACCUAAUUUCUUUAAUGCUGUAAUUGUAUUUUUUAUCCUCAUCUUCAUAAGCACCAGGACAACCUAAAUAUUGUUUUUGUCCUUUGAUAAACCAGUACAACCUAGAUUAUCUACGAACCUAGCUAUUUGGA